AUGGUCGCCAGCUCUUCCACGGCGCGGUCGAAGACCGAUGCCCCAUGGGUUAGUGCCCGGUCCGGAGGAGGAGCCAACCUGCUCUCCUCUCUCGUUCAGGAUGACGCAGUCCGAGUGAGACCCACCGCUGCUCUGACCAGAGCAAUCCUGCAGCGGAUGUUCCACGCCUUCUUUUCUUCAGCAGAGCUUCAGCAGGUUCGCGCAUGCGUAGCGUUGCCUGCCACGUGUGUCGCUCCUCAGCGAAGAGGAAGACGCACUCUACCUCUUACUGAUUCCAUGAGCGACUUCCCCUCGUCAGAAGUUCCGUCUAUUCCCUGGAGUGAAGCACUUUCGCGCAUACCGCUGGGCAUCACUGAAGCGCCUGGUCCGCCGACGGCUGCAGUCUCUCAUCGCCGUAUUGCUGGCAAGAAGACGCGGCGCAGUCCGACAGUGUCCCCGCGUCGCUCCAUCGGGAGAGCAUCCUCAGACGAAGAGCAGUAUCGCAGCAUGCACAACGGGAGCGAGGUGGAGAGCUGGGAUCCAAUGGCCAGCGACUACCGGUCGCGAGAGUUUAACUCGUACGAGACUGGAGCUGGAGCACUCAUGCAGGCGGCCAAGGAAUCAGGCGGAGGAGACUUCACUCUCUUUGUGACCAACAUACCCCUUGGCCUCCCAAAGGAAGCCUUCAGAGAACUCUUUGGUCGUGCUGGGCAAGUGAAGAAAGUCUACAUCCAGAAGGGCACUACUGACAGAGAAACGACAUAUGGGUUUGUGGACUAUGGGACGAUUCGAGAGGCCGAGAGUGCCAUUCAGAUGUUGAACGAUUUCGACAUGGGCAGCGGAGUACGUCUGGUGGUGAAGGUAUCGGAGACAAAGGAGGACCGAGACAAGAGGGCUGGCCAAGAAGAGGGAGGAGGAGGGGUUUUUGAGCACUCUGAACUGUGGGAAGUACGCAGCCAAAGAAGAGAAGCCAGCUGUCAGGAACGGCUAUGA